AGAAUGUGGCUGGCUGUGGCAGUGAUAAAUUUAAUCCAACAGGCUACAUGCUCAAAACUAUUUGAAAGGCACAUGAAUCCUGAAUCUUCCAUGGAUACUUCUGAAAUCAUCCAGUACUGGAGAUAUCCCAGUGAACAAUAUGAGGUGUUGACCGAGGAUGGCUAUUUCCUGCUAUUAUACAGAAUUCCUUAUGGAUUACACAGUCCUGAGAAGAAAGGACAUAACCCAGCUGUGCUAUUUGUGGCUGGUAUGCUUACCGACACUAGAAGCUGGAUUAUGAAUCUUCCCAACAACAGUCUAGGAUUUGUCAUAGCAGAUGCUGGCUAUGAUGUUUGGAUGCUAAACAGCAGAGGGACUACAUGGUCUCGUAGACACCAGAAUAUGUCAAUAGAACAAGAAGAAUUUUGGGAUUUCAGUUUUCAUGAAACGGGGAUUUAUGACAUUCCAGCUGCAAUUAACUUUAUCUUGACGAAAACUAAACAGGAGACACUGUAUUAUAUUGGCCAUUCCCAGGGUGGCUCAUUGGGUCUGAUUACCUUUUCACUCCUGCCAGAGGUUGCUAAAAAGGUCAAGCUCCAAAUUCUCCUUGGUCCUUCCUAUGUAUCGGGAGAAAAUAAUGGCAUUGUUAAGUUAUUUCUAUUACAGCCUAUUAGUUUCAAAAGGUUUUUGUGGGGCAACAAGGAGUUUUGUGUAUCGCCUUUUGACAUAAGACCUCUGAAUGCUAAGGUCUGCAGCUAUCCAAUAAUAGACAAACUAUGUGUUCAAGUUAUUUCCAUGUGUUAUGGGAAAAAUGACAAGAAUAUAAAUGCGAGUCGAACAGAUAUCUAUGCUUCAACGUUUCCUGAUUGUACUUCAAUGAAAACAAUGAUUCACUGGAGCCAGAUGGUUCAAUCAGGAGAAUUUAAAUAUUUUGACUAUGGCAGUAAGAACAAAGCUGUAUACAAUAUGACCACUCCUCCAUUUUAUAAAGUGGAAGAUGUGACUGUGCCAACAGCUGUGUGGAGUGGCGAAAAUGAUGUUAUUGCAAAUUCAGAAGAUGUUAAACUGCUGAUCCCUCAAAUCACGUCCUUAGUUUUCCAUAAGAAAAUUCCCGGUUGGCAACAUGCAGAUUUUGUUAUAGGCCUUGAUGCUACAUACAAGCUAUAUCCAGAUAUGUUGGGGUUGAUGGAGAAGUACAAAUAA